AUGUGUAAAGUCUUCCCAUCCAGCUUGGGAGAAACCGGACUUCGAUGGUUCGAUCGUCUCCCCGUUGGAUCGAUCCAUGGCUGGAAACAGCUCUCCGAAGAGUUCCUAGCUAGGUUCGUCUCCAACACUAAGAUCCCGAAGGAGCCGGAUACACUAUUCGGUCUUCGAAAGGAGCAGGAGAAAACGCUGCGCAAUUAUGCUAGGAGGCACUGGGAAGAGUACAAUGACCUGGAGGAAAAUGUGUGCAGUGAACAGAUGGCCGUUAUGUCCUUCAAAUAUGGUCUGCGCCCGGAAAGUAAGCUAAGACAAUCACUUACCAAGCGCCCGGCCACAGCUUUGAAAGAUUUGCGUGCCAGGAUUGAGCAGUAUGCUCGCCUCGAGGACGAUCAGAUCCCCAUCGAGGAAACGUCAGCAGAACAGACAGCUCGGCACAAGAAGAGAACAGAUAGAGGAGAACACCGAGGGAUUGCAGUGAAUGAAGUGGAUAAGUCCAAAUCCCACGAAACUGUUGUGACUGUAUUCAACGAGCCAAUCUAUCAAAUCCUGGAAAAGAUCAAGAGAGAGCCCUUCUUUGUUUGGCCGCCGAAAAUGUUGGGAGAUCCAGCUCGACGCAAUCAGAAGCUCAGAUGCACCUACCACCAAGACAUGGGGUACAUGACUCAGAACUACAGGGCACUGAAGCAACACUUGGAAGAUCUAGUGGCAGCCGGGCACCUAAGGGAUUACAUUAAUCAGGAUAAGGAAGUGGCCGAAUUGGGGAACCUGCCACCAGAACCGAAUGUUGAGCACCCACCUCGGUUGAUAAUAAAUGUGAUCCACGGGAUAGCGACUCAAGAAUCUGAUGAGGCACUGAAAGAAGAGAUCGCUAAGGCUGUGCAAAUUUAG